AUGGCAAAAGUAAAAAAUAAGAGGAACGCUAGAUUAGCAGAUAGAGUCCAUAAAAAGAAAGCUGGGGAUGUAAAAAAAAAGUUGAACCCUUUCGAGGUUCAUAUAAACAGAGAAAAACUCAAAGUUUUGGGAAAAAAAUCUAAGCAUGAUCGUGGAUUACCUGGCGUUUCUCGUGCCAAAGCCGUUCAAAAACGUAAAGAAACUUUAGGUACAGAAAUGAAGCUUCUGAACAAGACCAAUACUUUCAUUGACCGACGUAUUGGUGAGAAAAGUAACAAUAUUUCGACUGAGGAUCGCAUGAUUGCUAGAUUUGCUGCUGAGAGAGCUAAACAACAUAGCAAGAAAAGCAUUUAUAACUUAGCUGAUGAUGAAAUACUUACCCACAGAGGUCAAACAUUGGAACAAAUUGAGAAGUUUGAUGACCCACGGUCUGAAGAUGAGGAUGAGGAUAAACCAUUUGGCGGUUUAGAUGAUAACUUUGUAUCAGAGGGUCACUUUGGAGGUGGUAUCCUUUCAAAAACUGAGUCAAAAGAUGGAGCAAAAUCACAUAAAGACCUCAUAGAACAACUUAUAGCUGAAUCAAAAAAACGUAAAGCUGAGAAGCAGAAAGAAAAAGAACAAACCUUAGAUUUAACAGAAAAAUUGGACAGUGAAUGGAAAGAUUUACAGCCGGUUGUUUUUAAAAAGCAGAGUGAAUCAUUGAUUGAUAAGCUUUUAGCCGAUGCUGAGAAGGGUCAGGAUUAUGAUAAAAUGAUGAGAGAGUUGAAGUUUGAUAGGCGAGGAACUCCAUCAGACGCACUUAAGAGUACAGAAAAACAGAAAGAAGAGGAGCGAAAAAAGUUAGAAGAACUAGAGAAACAGAGGCAACAGCGAAUGCUAGCAGAAGAUUCUGUAUCUAAUGUUGCAAAACCCAAGGUUAAUCACAGGUCUGCUGACGAUUUAGAUGACAAUUUUGCACUAAAUGAUGAGGAAGAAAUAAUGUUGGCAUAUGAUAAGGAUGGCAAACCACUGUUACCUGAUCAUAUACUAAAAGAUUAUAACGUGCCAAAUGCAAAGAAAAAAUUCGACGAGGGAAUAUCAGAUACGUCAUCUGAAGAUGAUACUGAAGACAGUGAUGAUGAUGAGGUUGGAAGCGAAAAUGGUGAUGAAGUAAAUGAUACGGCUAGUAGUGGGGAUGAAGAUACAGAAUCCGAAAGUGCUGAUGUUGGCAACAAAGAUAGUAUAGAUAUUGUACAUGAAUUAAAUAAAACUAAUGAGAGUUUAAAAACUUUGUUUAAAAACAAUGAACUUAAAAGUGAAAGUACUAAUAGCGACGAAAAUGAAAAUGACAGUCCUAUUGUCAACCGCAAACGUAAAGCAAAUAAAGUAUCUGAAGUAGAAACCAAAAAAGUAAAAGUAUCUAGUGAAAGCGGUGAUGAGAUUCUCGAAAAUCACAUCAAUGAAAACAAUGAAAAUGUUCAAAAGGAGAAGACUAAGAUAGAUUCAGAUUCUCCAAGUGACUCGAAAAGCGAGAGUGAUUGUGAUGGCAAUGAUGAUGGUGAUGUAGACUUGUGUGACGACGAAAUUGGGUCUAUUUUUGAAAUUAAAUCUGCUGAAGGUGAUAAACUAAGGGAAUUAUUGACAGGGAAAACACCGUCACAGCAAUCGACUGCGUUAUCCAAAUUAAUAAAAAGUUAUGAUCCCAGUUUAUCAGCCAAUAACAAAGAUAUAUUGAGCCGUUUAUUUGCACAUUUACUCCAAUACAUUCACGACAUAUUUAGCGAUUCAAAGGACGAAGGAAAUGUUAUAAAGACCUUUCUAAUAUUCGACAAAUUAGCUCCGUACUUCUACGAUUUAAUACACAUCAACAAAGUGUCCACUAGGAAAUUUAUUGUGGAACUAUUAAAGGAAAAGUACGACCAAUUCAAGCGUAACCCCAGAGUAGUCCCCGAUCUAAACACCUUGAUAUUCUUUAAACUAGUCUCCCUAUUGUACCCCACUUCUGAUUUCCGACACCCGGUCACUACUCCGACUUUAGUUUUUAUGACUGAGAUUUUGAGAACUUGUCAUUUUAGAGAUGCAUACUCGGUGUCGAGAGGCUUCUUCGUGUUGACGAUGAUACUAGAAUUCACUGUUUUGUCGAAACGCUUUGUGCCGGGCGCGCUAAAUUUUCUGAGAGGCAUCUUCUAUUUAUCGGCAAAUACCUCUUUAUUGAAUUCAAUUCAACUAGUCCCCCCUUUCCGUCUACACAAGGACGCCAAAAUUCUGUGUUUAGAUCGAGAUUGUUCCAAAAUGGAGGUCGACGAAAAAAUGGCGGCAAAGGAUUUAGUUGUUAACGAAAUCGAUGACGGCUUUAAAAUUAAAGUUGUGUGCAAUUCAGUUAAGAUAUUGAGGGAAUUUUUCGAGAAUUAUUCCGAUCUCGAGUCGUCAGAAGCGAUAUUUGAGCCCCAUAUACAGUUAUUGGGAAGGAUAGAUCUAGAAUUGUACCCAAAGAAGGUGGCCGUUAAAAUCGAGAAGGUUCUGCAACACAUGAGAGAGUCACUCGAAACAAAGACGUAUACACCUUUGGCUAGAGAGAAGCCGAGACCGAAAGCGUUGAGAUUGUACGAACCGGACAUACAGGAAGUGUUUACUGGUAGUAAGUCGUCAAAACUGUCCCGAGAAGCAGCAGAGACGGCGAGACUUCAGAGCAAAUAUAAGAAAGAAAUGAAGGGAGCCCUGAGAGAGAUCAGGCGGGAUAAGGCAUAUAUAGCGGCCGUCAAGAUACGACAGAAGAUACAGAGUGACAACGUAAGAAAAGAGAAAGUGAAACAGAUCUACAAGGAUGCAGCGAUACAGCAAAGUGAACUAAAUAAGUUAAAGCGAAUGAAAUGA